CGUAACAGCUGAUUGUAAUGUUUUAGUUGUGUUUUGUUGUGAAAAGUUUUAAACGUUCUAAAUUGUAUCAAAUUUGAUGAGUUUUUAAGUAAUUUGGAAUAUUUCUAAUUGGAAAUGCAAAAUACUCCCAUAUAUAGAAAUCAGUAUUGGAGGCUCGCGCGUACUGCAUUUGUUCGGUAUCAUAGUAUACAACAUGGGGAAACUUAUUACGACAUACUUAAGGUUCGAAAUGACUGCAGUAACCAAGAAAUACGGAAUGCCUUUGUACAACUCUCAAAAAAGUUCCACCCCGAUGUUAAAGGCGUUAGUCCGGAUCCCAAGCAAACUGCACAGUUUGUAAAGAUUUCGGAAGCUUAUCAAAUACUCAGCAAACCUAAAACUCGUUCAGCAUAUGAUCAGCGUCUAUGGGAUGCGGGGGUAUUGCGGCCUGAACAGAGAUCUGGAUCUGGCGGUGUUAAGAAUAUGCACUCCUACGAAAUACAUAAGCCGUGGGAAAUUAAGCCAAAUUUUGAUCCAAACCCAGGACCCUAUUAUGGAGUUAAAGGAUUGGAGCGAAUUUCCAAUUUGAAGGUGGCGCUGGCGCUGGCACUUUUGGGAAUCGCAGGUGCAAUAUUUGGAUUUGUAUCCGUGAAUACGUAUUAUUUUUUCAGCCACUCCUUCACAUUCAAUCGCCAGAAAUUGGAUGCUAAAUCAGCGGAAGCGGGAAAUUAUCACGCUGCUAUACGCGCAGAUGCUGAGAAGUAUGGCAAUGAAGAGCAAUUGCGACGGAUGCUGAACCGAAUUUUAAAAGAAGAAAAAAGAACUGAGUGAAAUUAGGUUUGAAUAAAUUUUAGUUACUUGUUUAUAUUAAAAUCCCUUCUAACAAGAAAAAAUGUGAUAAAUAAAUCUUUGUGUAACAUUUUA